AUGCAGACCAGCUGCGGAGGACGGCGGCAGGCGGCCCCUGGGGCGGCAGAGGUGGCGGAGCUGGGAGGUGGACAGCCCGGAGUAGAGGCGCGGCGUCAGUGCCGGGAGAAGCAGCCGAGGGCGGAUCCCAAGGAACGAGGCCUGGGAGAACGGCGCCAACACAGGCCCCGCAAAGCCACACUCAAAAGUGGGGCCGGGGACCGCCGCCGUCUUCCUCAGGCCUCCGCGGGGGCCGCCAUGUCCGCCUCUUUCACGCGCAGGCGCAUCUAUAAGGAAGGCUUGGGUGGGCGGAGUCAAGAGCCGGAAGUUCCCCGGCGCACCGGCCUUCCCCCGAAACCGGCCAGCAGGAACUUCUCUGAGGUCCCGCUUCCAGCCGGAACGCUGGGUUGCUGGGCAACCGGUGCGGGUGGCGCCGGCGGGCUCAGUGCUGCACCGAGUAAGCCGAGCGUAGCUUCCACCUCCUGCCCUGGCAACUUCCCGUCCCGCCCUCUUCCCUUCUUGCCGCCUCUCAUUGCGUCGCGGAAUCCCUGCCCUUGGCACUACGUGCACCUCUCCGGCUCCUACGACACUUUCGUGCCCACCUGCUUCGAAGCCAAGCUUCACCGAAAGCGAAGCGGUCCGACCCUGGGCGUGGCCUGUACGUUGACGGACCGCGCCUCCCCGGCCAUGGCCACCUACACCUACACCAGCCAGCCCCGGGCCCUGCCUUGUCAGCGCCGCCGUUACCGGGACGACCAGAUGCAGCCAGCUGAAGAACCUAUGCGUUACGGAAACAUAAUGUAUGACAGAAGGGUGAUCCGAGGCAACACUUAUGCUCUGCAGACAGUACCACUGCCUGGGCAGCCCGAUCUUGCAGAGAUUCAGAGACAGCAGCAGGCUAAGAGGAGAGCUCUUGCCAAAAAACGAGCCCAAGAACAGCUCAGACCACGAACGCCCGAACCCGUGGAAGGCAGAAAGCAUGUAGAUGUGCAGACAGAAUUAUACCUUGAAGAAAUUGCUGACCGCAUAAUAGAAGUUGAUAUGGAAUGCCAAACAGAUGCAUUUUUGGACAAACCACCAACACCGCUCUUUAUUCCUGCCAAAACUGGCAAAGAUAUGGCCACCCAAAUUCUAGAAGGAGAGCUCUUUGACUUUGAUCUUGAAGUUAAGCCAAUGUUAGAAGUUUUGGUGGGAAAGACCAUCGAGCAGUCUCUUCUGGAAGUAAUGGAAGAAGAAGAGUUGGCAAACCUGCGGGCCAGUCAGCGCGCACAUGAGGAGUUACGCAAUGUCGAGCUCGCGGAAGUUCAGCGACUUGAAGAGCGAGAGAGACGACACCGAGAGGAAAAAGAGCGUCGUAAGCAACAGCAGUGGCAAGUGGUUCACAAGCAUAACGAGACUGCACAGAAAAUCGCCGCCCAAGCGUUUGCACAGCGUUACCUGGCCGACCUUCUCCCUUCUGUUUUCAGCAGCCUCAGGGAUGGUGGCUACUUUUAUGAUCCUGUUGAAAGAGAUAUUGAGAUAGGAUUCCUUCCAUGGCUAAUGAAUGAAGUUGACAAAACCAUGGAGUGCAGCAUGGUUGGAAGAACAGUGGUUGACAUGUUGAUUCGUGAGGUGGUUGAGAAACGACUGAGUCUGUAUGAGCGUAAGGAGGACAAGCACUCUUCUCUGAAACCUGAGGAUGGGCUCAGUGGUCCUGGAGGAAUGAGGGAUCCACUGGUGGGCUACGAAUCCCAGGAUCACGGUGCAUCACAGGCACAGAGGCCACUUCCGGACAGAGACUCCCCGCAAAGAACACCGUAUGAUGCAAGGUAUAUGGAGAGAGUGUCGUCCCAAGACAGGAAGCUUAUGGAAGAAGAGGUUGAGCAAACAGAAAUGAGGAAAUCCUUCAGGAGUGAAGAACCGUUGCAGUAGAGGGGAGCUUCGGAGCCGUGGAACCCAUCAGCAGCCAGUCAGCAUCGCGAGCAAUCAGGUAAUGAUGCGCGAGUCCCCUCAGGUUAUGCAUUAGGUUGUGUUUAGUCAACCUGCCUUCUUGUCUAAUGGACUGAGCAAAUCAAAUACGUUGAAAUAAUAAAACUAAUUUUUAAAAUGAAA